AAAGAGCUUGAUACUUCAAUACUGGUGUUCAGACUUUGGUGUCUUGAGUCUUUUUGCAAGGUCUGAUCUCAUCAAAGCCAUGAGCAAUGCCUCUGUGGUGAGCGAGUUUAUCCUGCUGGGCAUCCCUCACACAGAGGACCUGGAGACUGAGCUCUUUGUCCUGUUUUUGUUCUUCUACAUCUUCACCCUUGUGGGAAACCUGCUCAUCCUACUGGCAAUCGUCUCCUCCACCCAACUUCACACUCCCAUGUACUUCUUCUUGUGUAAACUGUCUGUGUUUGACAUAUUCUUCCCUUCUGUGAGUUCCCCCAAGAUGCUCUUCUACCUCUCAGGGCAUAGCCGAGCCAUCUCCUAUGCAGGUUGUGCAUCCCAGCUCUUCUUCUAUCAUUUCCUGGGCUGUACUGAGUGUUUCUUGUACACAGUGAUGGCGUAUGACCGCUUUGUUGCCAUAUGCCACCCUCUACGCUACAAGGUCAUCAUGAGCCACAGAGUAUGUGCCAUCCUGGCCAUGGGUACCUCAUUUUUUGGCUGUAUUCAGGCCACCUUUCUGACCACUCUCACCUUUCAGUUGCCCUACUGUGGCCCCAAUGAAGUGGACUAUUUCUUCUGUGACAUCCCCGUGAUGCUGAAGCUGGCUUGUGCAGAUACCUCAGCCCUGGAGAUGGUGGGGUUUAUCAGUGUGGGUCUCAUGCCCCUCAGCUGCUUUCUUCUCAUCUGCACCUCCUACAGUCGCAUUGUGUACUCUGUCCUGCAGAUCCGCUCUGCAGAGGGCCGACGUCGUGCCUUCUCCACCUGCAGUGCCCACCUCACUGCCAUCCUACUGUUCUACAUGCCAGUGGUGCUCAUCUACUUGAGGCCAACCCCAAGCCCAUGGCUGGAUGCAACUGUUCAGGUCCUGAAUAACCUGGUCACCCCUAUGCUGAAUCCCUUGAUCUACAGCCUCAGGAAUAAGGAGGUAAAAUCCUCUCUGAGGAAAGUCCUACAUCAACUGGGCUGUCUUCCUGAGCAGUCAUAGAGAGAGAACAGUGGCAUGCACUUUAAUUCUACUUUGUAGCUCAUAAAAUAUUUUUAUGUGGUUCUCACAAAUACUUUUCAAUUUGAGAGUGCAGGUGUUAUUAUAAUUGUCUCCAUUUCACAAUGUAGGGACUAAGAUUUAAAGAGGUAAAGUAACUUGUCAAAGGAUGCAUAAGGAGUAAUGGCAGAAUGAAGACCCUAGGACUGAUUUCCUGAUGCUGGGACCUGUGCUCUCUGGAGGCAUCAUUUCUCUGAUGAGGGAAGAAAGGGAUUUGCCACACUAGGCAGGAGGACCUGCAUCUUCUACUUCUCAAUCUUCAUUUUCUUCACCCACCUACACCUCCUUCUCCUUUGUUUUUUCCCCUCACCGUGACACUUCUUAAUCUUGCCUGCAUUGAUUGUCUCAUCAAAUGCCCGAAUUGAAUAAACUAUUGUUGCAUUGCUCCAGAGGUUGUUGAAACAUGGUAGAGAUGCCUCCCAAUGGCUUUCAAUAGCACCCUAAAAAUGAAGUUGUGUGAAGAGAAGGACUUGUAGCAGGGACUGGAGGCAGGUUUCUUAUGAAUGAAGCAAAGAUACUAGUGUACUGUUGUCACUCACAAACCCUAUCUAUUGGGCAUUGUCCUGGAAGCAGGUUCUAGCUGUAGCAGUACA